UCGUAUGUUAUUUAUAAAAACCAAGUCGGUAGGCAUUAAUUCUAUUUGAGUUGCUCAUCAACUAUGUCAGCUAAAACUGGUGCUCUAAGUCUAGAAGGGGACUAUCCCGCUUAUGUUGAAGAAUAUUUCAACAAAUCUACUGAGCAAGAAGUGCUUACGGAAUGGGCGCUCGCUAACUCAAGCAGAAUUGUUGUUUCAGACUUUUCAAGCGGGGAGUACACCAUGUUGGAUGUAUGUUCACCAGACGGGAGCACGAGCUUAAAAAUUCUCUCUAUAGUAUGGCGCAAUUUACAGCCUGGAACUCAAACUACUUUCCGGGUUGUCAAUAACCAUUCUGCUGUUCUUGAAAAAUACCAAAAUAUUGUGAAUUCUAGUAAGAAACGUGAAUACAAGAAAAUAAAAUUUGACUGGCGUUCCGAAACCUUAGCUAAUUACUUUAAAGAAAUGUCUGAAAAGUCUGGCGGUGGUAAAAUGAAUUUGGCCAUGCUUAUACAUGGCAUGUAUUACUUGGACGAACCAGAGAAAGACCUGUUACAUAUCUACGAGAAUGAACUUGAAAAUAACGGUGUAAUACUAUGCGUCAUUCAAGACGAAAAUAAUUUUGCACUUCGAAUUCAGAACGGCUUACGACGUGAAGGCAAGCAGUUCACUGAAUGCGUAAAAAUGAUUAGCAGUAAAGAGGUCAUCGCCAUUGCGAAGAAACACGAGUGGAAGCACGAAAUUGACUCUGUCGAAUACAUUGUGGAUGUGAGCGAAUGUCAGCAACUAGAUUCCAGAAAUGGGGAAAUGCUUCUUGACAUGCUGUUUAACGCAAAAAAUGUAAGAGAAAAAGCGUCAAGUGAUUGCUUACAACGUAUCUUAACAUCACUGAAGGAAGACGCCGUUUCGAACGUUCUUAAGGAAAAGUUAGCUAUAAUUUUGAUCUAUAAAUAGAGACGAUACAAUAUACAUAAUAAAAUUUUCCAAUGAAGCAAACGGUUAUACAAAAACCUGAGAAAGAGCCUGGAUGUACACAUGAGAUUAAUUAUAAGUAGACAGUUGAAUAAAUUGCUCUUUAAAUUGGUGUAGUUAAAAAUAA